AACCGAAGUUGUCGUAGAAGACGGUGGAGGUGCUUCAUCUGGUGAUGGAUUAAUACCCGAAACCGAACAGAAUGACGCUGGUCCUGCUGAUGCUGGUGGUCCAGGUAAAGAGGCUUUGGUGCCACCACCAAGAUCUCGUCAACUAUCAUCAAUGGGAACACCAUCGACUUCAAGCCAGGAACAAGAGCUUGAUGCCUUGCGCAUUGCGGUUGCAAAGCAUGAUGAGGUCUUAAAUGCUAAGAAUGAGGAAUUGGCCAGGGCAGAACGAAUGCGCACAAACCUAUGAAAAGAAAAUCAGUUAUCAUUAUCAAGUUUCUGAAGUAGAAAAGUACGAUAAUGAUAACAGAUUUUGGUUUCAUAAAACCUAAAGAACGCAACGGACCAAUUACAACGGCGCAUAAAGACACUCACGGUAGAGAAUCAAGAAUUGAAAAGAACUACUGGAGAAAAGCUGCAGGAUAGUUCUGGUACUAGUGGGGGCACUUGCUCGGUGAACGACGUUAAAGCAGCACAUGAUACUGUGACUGGUGCAAG